UAGUUUAAUUGCUGGCUGCGAGCCUGCGAUUCAUCCAUCGCUCUCCUCGAUCGCCGAUUCCCCGUUAGCUCUGCUGCCGUUAUAACUCGGAGAAUACACACAACAAUCCGUGUUGAAUAUUGUGGUGUCUCACUUCUGAAACAGUGUUUAAUCAAGAAUAAGAAAUGGCUUCGUCACUUAAAGAAUACCUCAAAAAAUAUCAGAGUAGUGAUGAUGUUGAGAAGAAAAAGAAGAAGAAGAAGAAGAAUCAGAAGAAACCUGAUGUGACUGGGGUCCUCCUUGUUGAUGAGGAUCCUGUAUGGCAAAAACCAGUAGUACCUGAAGAAGAAAAUGAUGAUGAUUCAGCAGAUGAAGAGAAGCCCCAGGUUGAUGAAGAUAUUGAAGUCAAGCGUAUGAAGAGACUUGAGCAAUUAAAGGCGAGACGUCCUUAUGGUCUCAUUUCUGAUGAUGGAAGUGGCUGGGUUUCAGUCAAUAAUGCUCCUCAGAAGCUAGUUGACUCUAAUUCUGAUAUGUCUCCACCACGAAAACGAAGAUCUAGGAAUGACACACCUUCACCAGAACCUGAAUUAAAGCCUUCUGAUGCAGAAGGAACUGAUCAGUCACCACCACGACAGAGACGGAGGCGUUACCACAGUCCCUCAGAUUCAAUGGAUGAGAAGGUGGAUUUGUCUCCUCCACGAAAGCGUAGGGCAAGUUUAAAUACUCAAUCACCAGAACGGAUCCAAACCACUUCAAAGUCGGAGCACAAAGAUUUGGAUAUGUCACCACCACGGCGUCGAAGUCAUGUAUCAGAUACUGUUCUUUCUCCCCGACGAGGACAUCGAGACUCCCCAAGUCGAGUUAAUUCACGUUUGUCUCCUGGGGAAGAUCUUUCACCAACAAGGAAACGUAGAUCAGGUAAUCCACAAUCCCAAAUAUCAGAUCUCUCUCCUCCAAGGAAAAGCAGAAAGGACCAUUCUCCGCCAAGAAAACAGUCAAAGGAAACCACAUCCAGGGCUGAACAAAGAAAAACUGGUCUGGUUAGCGGAAAAGAUGUGACAGAAGAGGUUCUGAAAGCAAAAAAAGAAGAAUUUCUUAGGUUUAAAGCAAAGGACCCUUCUAUUACUGGACAAGGUGCUGAGCCUAUUUAUCGUGAUAAGAAAACAGGACAGCGCCUCACAAAGGAUGAGUUUCUGAAAUCACAAAAGAAGGAUGAGAAGCCAAAGGAGGUUAAGCUGGAGUGGGGUAAGGGUUUGGCUCAAAAGAGGGAAGCUGAAGCAAGGCAGGAGGAGCUCGAACUCGAGAAGGCAAAACCGUUUGCACGGACUAGAGAUGAUCCAGAUCUUGAUAGAAUGUUGAAGAAUAAAACCAGAUGGGGUGAUCCAAUGGCUCAUCUAGUCAAGAAAAAGCAGGAUGAGCUGGUGUUGCCAGACAUGGGAGAUGAUGAGAAGAUGAAAGCAUCCGGUUUUAUUGUUCCUCAAGAGAUACCUAGUCACAGCUGGCUUAAAAGAGGAUUUGAGGCCGCACCAAAUCGCUAUGGUAUAAAACCUGGGAGACAUUGGGAUGGUGUCGACCGCAGCACGGGAUUUGAAAAGGCAAUGUUUAAGAGAAUGAAUGAGAAACAAGCAACAGAAAAAGAGGCUUAUUUGUGGUCUGUUGCUGAUAUGUGACCACUGAUUUUCUUUUUCUAAUACAAGUUGCCCCCAGGUAUUGCAACUUGUUUAAAAAAGGAUUUUAUUUGGGAUGUUUAAAGUUGAUAUGAUCGGUUUCUGAAUUUGUUGUAAAUACUAAAAGGGUCUAUGUAGUCAAUAUAGUUGAAACUGUAUUGCCUAAGGAGUAGAAUUGAAUCGUA